AUGAGCGAGAAAAAGAAAAAUACUUCCCCCAAUGCAGCGACUUCUACUGAAAAUGCAGAAAUCGCUGCAUUGAAGGAAGAAUUGAGAAAACUAAAAGAAAAAUAUGGCGAUAGCCAAGGAGAAAAAAUGCCAUCCCUGCCACCGGGGUCACCGCCGCCGUCACCGCCGCCAUCAUCAUUGGAAUUAGAACCACUGUCAUUAUCGGGGUCACCGCCGUCAUCGGGGCCACCGCCGCCACCAGGGCCACCGCCGUCAUCGGGGCCACCGCUGCAAGCGGUUUUACAGUUGCCAACAUUGUUGCAGCAGCCGCUACCACCGCCGCCGCCGCCGCCGCUGCCACCAGCAUCAGCCUCACCUUCACCAGUGGUAGAUACAUCGUAUCUACCACCAUAUAUCGUGAAAGAAAUCAAGAAUUGGCAGCGGCAGCAGCAGCAACAAUGGCAGCAGCAACAGCAGCAACAAUGGCAGUGGCAGCAGUGGGGACAAAAUCACAUGCCAGUUCUACCACCACGGUGGAGUAGAGGAAGAGGAGGAGGAAAUCGCGGUCACCGAGGAGGUCGCGGUGGAAAUCGCGGUGGAGGUGGACACCGGCCGGUCCACUUCCAUUUUUAAAACAGUUAUAUUAUAUUACAGUAAAAAAAGUUUAUUUCUUUUCUUCUCUAAAAAAAAGUAGAAACAGAU